AUGUUGGGUUUGCCUUUCUUUGACCCAACGAGGCCUCCGCCGCCACCACCAGCACCAACUUCUAACUGUGGUGCUCUUCCUUUGGUUGACCAAACAUUUGUGCAAACAUUCCUCGCUGCCAGAGGAAGAAUCGAUGAAAGUCCAGAGAAAAAACGAUUACCGUCAAUAAGUGAACUGAAAGUUCGAAUGGCUGGUUUCGUACAGCAAAUUAAUAGUUUGAAACUCGAAAAGGCAAAAAUAGAAAAAGAAGUAAAUUUACUGUCAGAAACAGAAUGGAACGUGUCGGUUUCUCGAAUUCACCAACUACAGGAGAGCAUAGAAACAACUUCGUUGGAGUUGGCCGAUUCUGAAAUGUUGAAGCAUUUCAAACAAAAACUACAUGCACGUCGUAAAAAGCGCGCCUGGGAGAAACGAAAAAAAGCUCAACUAAAACGGAAAAAACUUGAACAAUUGACUAACCGGAAAUUACUAGACGACAAAAUAGCUGAAUGGCAACGUGAGCAACGAGCGUUACUGGACAAAGAAAAAUUAAUUCAGCAGCAGUUAGACUACGCAAGCAAUUUUCUGGCUGAUGUUCACCGACGCAAAGCAGCAUGCAAACGACACUUGGCAAAGUUUGAUAAAAUGAAGAAACAACGUCGACUAGGCGAUUCACACCAGUCGAUAGACGAUCUCGACAAGCAGUUCGAUACUAAACUUACCGAGCUAACGAAUGUGUGGACCGCGAAGCUAGCCGAUUGUAUCAAGGAAGAGAAACGCCUCAAGGAUGUCCUGGCCAGACGGUCGGCUGUAAACUUUCAGCGACGUGUGGAAAAUGAAUGGAACCGGGUGCUCUUUGGUGAUACAAUACCGAAAAAAUUUGAACAUCCGUUGCUUGAAGCCGAUCGCGAUCCGGAAGUGUUGAUCAGAACCCGAUGGGCAUGGGAUGCCUGCUUGGUGGGCGAGAAUGAUGACGACGACGAGGCAAGCAGUAUCCCGAUAGGUUGGGUUUUACCCCCGUUGGAGCCCCAGCCGGAGUGGACCGAGUACCGAGCGAAGGAGUUGAUUUGACGCACAGGAUGCACGUUGAAGUUUUGCUUUAAAAGUACGAUUAACACAUGCCUAGAAUAAAUGUAGAUGAUACCAUAA